GAACCAUCUUUCUCGGUUCUGUUUUGUUGCAGGAUGAAACUCCUCAGUCCUUCUCAUGGGCAUUGCAGGUUUACUACUAGCAUACUCUAUAAGAUUUUACUUCUGCCUUUAUAAUUAUCCUCUUAUGAUGAUUAUCCCUCGAUACUGACUUUUGUCCGAUUCAUGAACGGAAGAUGUCCACAAACAAUUCUAACUGAUCUUGACCCCAGGCUUAAAGAUGCCAUUAGAAGCGAAUAUCCAGGAACUAAACAUGUCAUUCCACCAUGGAAUAUUCUAUACAAGAUAAACACAUUGGUUUACUGUAUUCUGUUCGAGCAUCCUGGGCACAAUCCUAUGUGAGAGGUUACUUUCUAGCUCGAAUGGCUACAAUAGCUUACUCAAAAUCAAUAGAUGCUUUUCUGAAAGGGAUCUUCGCUGCACAAACUUGUUUGCGUAGCUUUUUCGAGCAGAUUGGCAUUUCUGCGAACAUCCAACAUCAAGCGCAUCAGGAGACUCACUAUAUGCAUCUGAAACUUGCAUACCUGUUGAAGAGCAUGCACGGAGUAUCCUCACGCCUUUUGCUUUUAAUGCUUUGCAGCAAGAGUUAUUGCUGGCCAUGCAAUAUGCUGCAUCUGAGAUGGCCAAUGGAUCAUAUAUUGUGCGGCAUUUCAAAAGUAUGGAUGGAGAACGGCUUGUAAUAUGGUUGGCCGAAGACGAACAAAUUCACUGCUCUUGCAAGGAAUUUGAAUCCGCAGACAUGCUCUUCGUGUGUUCAUCUUAAAGAAUUACUUUCAGCUGCCUGACAAAUACUAUUUAAGCAGAUGGAGACGGGAAUGUACUUUACUGAUUGAUGAUGAUCACAACAAUCAAAUUACUGAUGGGGAGUGGUUUCAAGAGUACCAGUUCCUAGCUGAAACUUUAUUUUCAGAAUCCUCGAUUACAAAGGAACGAUCUGACUAUGCUCGAAGUGAACUGACAAAAGAACUUACCAGGAUUCUCAAUGAGGUCAGAAAUCUGCCGGACACCGAUGGAGUCCUAAUGAACAUGACUGUAUCGCCGACCAGUUAGUUAGAAGUGUUGGUUUUUAUAUACAUGAUUACAUAAUAUGCUAGUUUGAAAAGAGUUGCAAAGCAGAGAAUGGCAGAACAGUAAGUUUUGAAGGAAAAAUUGCCAAAACACUUUCAGCAUGCGUUUGAAAUGGCUAAUUUACAUGUACAUUGAUAUGAUUUUUCUUGUAUCAUUUUUUACAUCAUUGUCUUCUCAAAUCCAUGAAAUGUUUAUGAUUUUGCUCAAGAUUACAAUAAGUGCCCUGAGCUAUCUGUUUGGUUGGAUAAUAGAUAAUGAAAGUGAAUAUUGUAGUGUGUUGAGGAUA